AUGUUCAUAGUGAGUCUAAAAUAAACCAGUAACCACUUGGAUCAGUGUAAGAGUUUGAAUUUGUCUUUAUAUUUCAGUUAGUAAAUUUCUUCUCUCUUCCUUAUCCAUUAUCACAUAUUCAUUUAUAUAUUUGCAUUCUUCAUUUGCAUAUUCAUUUUCCCAGCUCAUGUUCCCAUUUCAUUCACCUUCUUACAGCACAGUCUUUCAGUUGCACUACUAGCUGCCACACCUUAUUUUCCUCUCUCUCCUGCAAACCCAUUCCCUUUGUUGUCUUCUCAUUUUCUAUGCAUGGUUGCCUUUUCCUGCCCUAGCAACAUGCACUUUCUCUUCUCUCAUUCGUUCUCUUUGCCUCUCACCUUUGAUCUAUCUAGCCUGUUCACCUCAUUGGUUUCUCUUAUCACAUGACUUUCCCCUGAUUGGUUUAUUUUGUUAUGAUGCCUGAUUUGUACUAAGAGACAUGUUAUAAUUUUGUAUAUUAAAGUGAGUUGGUCGAUGAUUGAUUUUGGUUAGCUAUAAUUUCCCUCGGUUUUAACACGUUACAAUUGGUGGCCGCGGUGUUUCUGUGUUUUAUCCAGAUUAUUUCGGACCAAUUUCGCCAUGUCGUGUUUUCAUAUCUUUGCUGCUGUUUGCCUGUACCUUGCUUCUGUUUUCACCCUCCUUCAGCAAGCUUGGUGCUAAUUAGCAAGCUAUAUCAUCAUACAUCCUCUUCUUCAACUUCAAGCUCGCCGUAGUUCUACAAUUAUUUUGAGUGAUCAUCCAGGAACCACCAAACGAAGAUGUAAGAUCCAAGGUUCAAGAAAAAAAGGAUGCCCUGCUCAGAUCAUCAUGAAGGAAGUCCUUAGAUUUCCUCAAUUUCAGUUGAAUAAAGAAGAAGCUAGUAGGUACGAGAGGCGAUAAGAAGUAGCACACAGUUAGUGACUGAACAUCGAAUCUACAUCUGUGCCUAAAGAUGAAGAUCACAAGAAUAAACAUCCUAUUGGAAUGCUCACCAGGUUUCUUAAUCCUCUAAAUAAGGAUCUCAUAACUAAAGUUCAAGAACUGGUUGGCCAUGGUGUGACCAAUGUGAAGGAGAUGAAGCGGCACCUGAAAGUCUUUGUUGACACCAUUCUCUUCCCAAACCCAAAGUCUAGACCAACUUCAAAUGAUAUGGUUUACUAUCCGAGUGACCUAUGUGUUCGUAACCACAUCUAUGCUGCUCGCAUGAAACUAAGAGUAUGAAAGCAGAUAGUCUGAAGGAUAGACUAGAGGAAUCAGAGAUGCUUAUGAAAGAGAUGUCUCUGAGUUGGGAAGAGAAACUUGUCAACACAGAAAGAAUACACAAAGAGAGGCAAGCAGCACUAGAACAGAUGGGUAUCUCAGUGCAGACAUCAGGGAUCAAAGUAGAGAGGAAUAAAUGUUUCCUGGUCAAUCUCAACGCUGACCCUUCACUCAACGAACUGUUUGUCUACUACCUCAAGGAUCACAAUGUAGCUGGGAGGGCUGAUGAGGAGACACAAACAGAUAUCCAGCUAAAUGGGCUUGGUAUCAUGCCUAGACAUUGUACCAUUGAUGUAGAGAAUGACAUAGAUGUCUACAUCUCACCAUGUGAAAAUGCCAAGGUAUAUGUCAAUGGAAGUGCUGUGACAAGUAAGACAUCGUUGAGGCAUGGAGACAGGAUACUUCUAGGCAACUAUCAUUUCUUAAGGAUAAACUGUCCAAGAGCUCCUGGAGUUGGAUCAAGUGGAACAACAACCCCUGAGCCUGUGGCCCAGCCAGUGACAGAAAGCUUUGACUUUGAUUAUGCACAGAAUGAAGUCAUGAUGCAAGAACUACACAAUGACCCUGUACAAGCUGCCAUGAAGCUCAUAGAAGUCCAGCACCAGAAGGACAAAGAUAGCGCCCUUUUCAAGCAGCGGGAGGCUUACGAGCAGGAGCUGGCCGCACUGAAGCAACAGCUGGUUCCCAAGAACUCCUCAGGUCACCACCAACCCAACAGCAGACAGGAGGAUAGGAGGAUAGAAGAUGAAGGGACCCAGAGCCAGAGCGGUGAUGGGUCAUCGUUAGGGAUAGGGUCGUCGCUAGGGGUGGAGCCUUAUGAGGAAUGGAGCGAAGACAGGGAUGAUAUGUUCAGACAGAGUCUUGCCAAGCUGAGAGAAGACGUUGUCAAGGCAAACGCCCUGAUCAGAGAGGCCAACUUCCUGGGGGAGGAAAUGGGCAAACAGACAGAGUUCAGAGUCACACUACAGAUACCUGUCUGUAACCUUACUCCAAAUAGAAAGAGAGGAGCCAUAGUGAGUGAGCCGGCCAUUCAGGUGAAGCGUAAGGACAGAGGAACACAGAUCUGGUCUGUGGAGAAGCUCAAGAAUAAGAUCAUUGAUAUGCGUGACAUGUACAACGAUAGGAAAGACAAAGGCAUUCCUCUAAAGGUACUCAAAACUUGAUCAAGAGAACCUCCAGAUGCAGGUAAAGCAAUGGGCAGAACAGAAUCCACAGGACAGGUUCGAACUCAACCUAGCAUCUUCAGCUCCCUCUGGAGAAUUAGACUCUAUGCAAAACAAUACUGAGGUAUCCAUGGAGCAAGAUUGGGAAGAGGAUGAGGAAGUUCUCCCAUUGCCUGAACACUCUGCAUCAUCAAAUUUCUUCUUCUGCCACCAAACAGAGUUUCAAGUCAUCUCUUACACAGGUUAAAGGUAUGGAAACACCUUGUGCCUUUUGGAUGCAACGUAUCGCACCACGAAGUACGCACUACCCUUGUUCUUUUUGGCGGUGAAAA